AUGAGCUCCAGCAAAGGCCAAGAAGGGUCGGCCGUGCCCACCAAGCAGAAGGGCUCCUGGUCCAGCUUCCUCAAGUCCAUAGCGUCCUUUAAUGGCGACCUGGCGUCCAUGACAGCGCCCGCCUUCAUUCUCUCCACAACCUCCCUCGUCGAGUUCUCCUCAUACUGGACCGAGCACCCCUCCGUCUUCGUCGCGCCCGCUGCCGAGAAAGACCCCGCCAAGCGCAUGCUCUUGGUGACGAAGUGGUUCCUCAGCACCCUCAAGCAGCAAUAUGCCAGCCGAAGCGAGAAGCUGGGCAGCGAGAAGAAGCCGCUGAACCCCUUCUUGGGCGAGCUGUUCCUUGGCAAGUGGGAGGACGAGGCCGGCGAGACACAGCUGAUCAGCGAGCAAGUCAGCCACCACCCUCCCGUCACGGCAUACUCCAUCUGGAACAGCAAGCACGGCGUUCGCCUCCAGGGCUACAAUGCGCAGAAGGCCUCCUUCAAGACCACCAUCAACGUAAAGCAAGUCGGGCACGCAAUGUACCACAUCGAUGGCUUCAACGAAGACUAUCUGAUCACGCUUCCGCCGCUGCACAUAGAAGGUUUGGUGGUCGGAUCGCCCUACGUAGAGCUCAACAGCGCCACCUACAUCCAGUCCUCUUCCGGAUACACUGCGAAGAUCGAAUACAGCGGCCGCGGCUGGGUUAGUGGCAAGUCCAACAGCUUCACCGCCAGCAUUUAUCCCGAGGACAAGAAGAAGGAGCCUAUAUAUACUGCCGAGGGCCAGUGGACCAGCAAGUUCCACUUCAAAGAUCCUAAGACGAAACAGAUCGUGGACACCUUCGACCACACAUCAAUCAAGCCGACCCCCCUCAACAUUGCUCCCGUCGAACAGCAAGACGACUUCGAGUCGCGAAAAGCGUGGAAGAAGGUUGCCGAUGCCAUCAACAAAGGCGAUCUGGACACAACCUCCGCCGAAAAGUCCAUCAUCGAAAAUCGCCAACGCGCUAUGCGCAAGACGGAGAAGGAGCAGGGUAAGGAGUGGGAGCGCAAGUUCUUCAAACGUGUUGAGAGGGACCCAGUAUUCGAGGAGCUCGCCGCCAAGAUCGGUGAACAAAGUAACCAGGACGCGACCAACGGGCUGUGGAACUUUGACCAGGAGAAGGCGAGUGCGGCCAAAUCGCCGUUCCACCCCGAUGUCAACCCUCCCAUCUAUAUAGACACCGACGACCUAAGCAGGACCAGCACGAAGAGCACUACUACAGCUUGAGUAAAUGUACUGAUUGUCCGCAGUUUGGCUGAUGCUGCAUCCAGAAAGGUCAUGACAUGGGAUACCCGAGGAAGUUCGUUACGGUGGGCAGGAUUUGGAUCAAGCA